UCCCCCCAGAACCAAUCAGGCCUUCAGCGGCGAAGGAGUUAAGGCGCCUGCCUCCCGUCCCCUCCUCCACCUCUCUUCUCCUCUCUUCGCCGUUCCACCAUGUAGGCAACCCGGGCCCCUUCCCUCUUUGCAUGGAGAAGGGCGCUUGACGUCAGCUCUAUGAAUAUUGCACGAAGAAGCCGGAUUGCGAGCGCGGCGGCGGCGGCUCGAUGUAGGCAAGGGCUCUUCCCCGCAGCGGAGCGCGGCGGGCAGGAGGCGUUGAUCGCCGCCGCUUUGGAGCAGCAGGAGAUCCGGCGCUUCCUGGCCCAGGGCGAGCAGGGCGGCCGGGCUUGCGGGCGGCCGAGCUCGGCGCGGCGAGCCGAGGAGGAGGUGCUCGGCUGCGCUUUCCUUCCCCACCGCCAGGGGGCCCCCGGGGAAUGUGACCUCAGCGGGCGCCACUGGGGCAGCAGCCGGGGAAGGCUGCCCGGGAACUCCUGCGCCGCCGCCGCCAACGCGCUGCCUCCGCUGCCUCCUCCGCCGCCGCCCGCCGCCCGCCUCCUGCCAGCCAGCAUGGCUGCGAAGGAGCGGCAGAAAAGCAAAGUGACCAAGGAGAGCGUCACCCUGUUGCCUUGCUUUUAUUUCGUGGAGUUGCCCAUAUUGGCGUCUUCUGUUGUUAGCCUCUACUUUCUUGAGCUUACAGAUGUCUUCAAGCCCGUUCACUCUGGAUUCAGCUGCUAUGACAGAAGCCUGAGUAUGCCCUACAUUGAACCUUCACAAGAGGCUGUUCCUUUCUUGAUGUUGCUCAGUUUGGCUUUUGCUGCACCUGCCAUUACAAUCAUGGUGGGAGAAGGGAUUCUCUACUGCUGCCUUUCUAAACGUCGAAAUGGGAUUGGAGCUGAGGCUAAUAUCAAUGCAGGUGGCUGCAACUUCAACUCUUUCCUUAGGAGAGCAGUCCGAUUUGUUGGUGUCCAUGUGUUUGGCCUUUGUGCCACAGCUCUCAUCACUGAUAUCAUACAGUUGUCAACGGGCUAUCAGACACCAUACUUCCUGACUGUAUGCAAGCCUAAUUAUACAUCCUUAAACGUAUCCUGCUCAGAAAAUUCUUACAUUGUGGAGGAUAUUUGCUCUGGACCUGAUCCUGUCAUCAUAAAUGAUGGAAGAAAGUCAUUCCCUUCAGAACACGCUACUCUGGCAGCCUUUGCAGCUGUGUAUGUUUCGAUGUACUUCAAUUCUACUUUAACCGACUCCUCUAAACUUCUGAAACCACUUCUAGUCUUUGCAUUUAUCAUCUGUGGGAUUAUCUGUGGACUAACUCGCAUCACCCAAUACAAAAACCAUCCAGUUGAUGUUUACUGUGGAUUUUUAAUUGGAGGUGGCAUUGCCCUUUAUUUGGGCCUGUAUGCUGUGGGGAACUUUCUGCCAAGUGAUGAGAACAUGAUUCAUCAGAACCAGCAGAGAGAACCAUUAAGGUCUUUGACUGACCUGAGCCAAGAUGCCAAUAGAAUUCUUCCUGGUAAAAAUGGCAGUAGCAAUGAUGUUAUCUCCACUCACCCUGCUGAGAAUAUGUUAAAUAGGAACCACAGAGAAACCGGCUCUCUGACUAACCUCAAACGAGCAAAUGCUGAUGUAGAGAUUAUAACAUCCCUACUGUAAGUCCAAUGGAAAAGCGAGAACAUGGUGAAUCUUCGAAGUAACACGCUUCUUUGCCCACGGGCCAAUACACCCUAAGCGAAUGGGAAGGUCAGGGGCUUCAGUAGAAAUGCAACAAUUCAUGCAUCUAUGGAUUCUGCCCGCUCAAAGCAGCUUCUCUCCCAAUGGAAGAACAAGAACGAAAGUCGGAAGUUGUCCCUGCAGGUAAUACAGACAGAUUCUGCACAGUCACCACCUAGAGCAAUUGAAAUGAGGUCAAGCUCAGAGCCGUCCAGAGUGGGAGUUAAUGGAGAUCAUCAUGGGCCUUCCAAUCAGUACCUGAAAAUUCAGCCUGGUAGUGUACCAGGCUGUAACAGUGCUGGUCUAUCUGGUGGGCCAAGGGUCUCUAUUCAGUCACGCCCCGGUUCUUCACAGCUUGUGCAUAUUCCUGAAGAGACACAGGAGAACAUCAACACAUCUCCAAAAACUAGCACAGCUAGAGCUAAGUGGCUGAAAGCUGCUGAGAAGACUGUUGGGUGCAGAACCAACAGCCAGCCAAGAAUCAUGCAGGUCAUUGCCAUGUCCAAGCAACAAGGUGUGCUUCAGGGCAGCCCAAAGAGCUCUGAUGGGAGCACAGUCACCUGUACAGGAGCCAUUCGAUAUAAAACCUUGACAGACCAUGAGCCAAGUGGUAUAGUAAGAGUAGAGGCCCAUCCUGAAAAUAACAGGCCUAUAAUUCAGAUGCCAUCAGAAGGGGAAGGAAGCGGCUCUUGGAAGUGGAAAGCCCCUGAGAAAGGAAGCCUUCGUCAAACAUAUGAGCUAAAUGAUCUGAACAGGGACUCUGAGAGCUGUGAAUCUUUGAAAGACAGUUAUGGAUCCAGUGACAGAAAAAGAAGCAACAUUGAUAACAGCGAGCACCACCACCACGGGAUAACUACGAUAAGGGUCACGCCAGUGGAAGGCAGUGAGAUUGGUUCAGAGACCCUGUCCAUUUCCUCUAGCCGCGACUCCACACUUCGAAGAAAAGGUAAUAUCAUUUUAAUUCCCGAAAGAGGAAGCAGCCCAGAAAAUACCAGGAACAUCUUCUACAAAGGAACAUCUCCAACAAGAGCUUACAAAGAAUGAAAACUGAUGAGUCCAGCCAAGCAAUGCCAUUAACAAUCAAUACUGUUUGGUAUGAGCUUUUGUGCUCUCUUUAUUUUUGAGCUGAUGCCGAGAUAAUCUUAAUGUGCCAAAAUAUCAACCAUCAGCCUGAUUGUUUUUGGAUGUUGCUGAUGUGUAGUGAUUGUGCAUGAGUUUGUGGAUUUCAUGUUGCGGGGGGGAAAGCACAAUGCAAGAACCUAACCAACAGGAAGAGUUUCCUAACAGGUUUUUGGUGGGGGGGUUGUUUUUUAUUUUUGUUUGGAUUCCAGUUUUUUCUCCAAUGGGAAUGACGUCAACAAAAACAGUGAUCUUAAAUCUAGACACCUUAUUUCCUGAAUGUGCCAAUGUUUUUAUUUAUAAAUAGCUACAAAUAUAGGUCCAAGGACAAAUGGGAGAGACUUUUUUUAAAACAAUAAUAGCUGUACCAGUGUUGUAUGUUCACCUUUGCGGGUUUUGCACCAAAAUUUAAUACAAGUCGGUGCUGAUUCUACCUUAACAUUUUUGGAAAACUUACAUACUUGUUCAGCUCCUCAAAUGACAUUUUGACAUGUAAUUCCUUUUCAAGUAAUAUUGCUGAAAAUACUAUGCUGGCUGCAUUCAUUUUAGAGUAGAAAAAUAUUAACUGCUUUGUUAUAGUGGAUCUUUCACAUUUAAAGGUUGCAAAGAUUUUAUGUAGUUCUUUGAAAUGUUUACCAAAACAAAUGUGGGUGAUGUUCCAUGAAAACAGAACCAUUUUAUCUCUUGGUUAGCUUUGCUGUUGCUCUCCAAAAAGCAUUUUGUUACAGGUGCUACUAAUUAAAAUGUCAGUUCAUAAUGAGCUAACUGGGAAUGAUUUUAAUGGGGGGUGGGGGGGAAGGAUGGAGUAAAACAGAGAUUUUACUGCACUUUUUCACAGCCUAUAGUUUUUUAACUAUUUUGGAAUUUGUCUCAUUACAGAUCUUUCCUGUUUUUGUUCACUUCUAACUAGUUAAUACUCAACACUGAUAAUUGCAACCAUGUUGUAAAGAUGAAGAUAAUAUUACAGUCCAGGCUGCCUAGUGAAUGAACUGGGCUGAUGUUAGGUAGAGAGAAAUCCUAGACAAGCUGUGAGCUGUGUGUAAGUUUGUGUGCCCUUCUUUCCUCUUCAGUGUUCAGGGGCUAUCCGCUACCUCUAGAGAUUAACCUAAGCAUGGCUGGGGAGCAUGAUCAGAGAAUAUAAGGCUAUCAAAAUACCCUUCCUCAGCACCUAUUGACAGGGCCUGAAAUGAAAUAGCAGUUACCAAGUUACUGGAUAUUCAGGGUUGCCAUGUUUUUGCUCUUUUUCACACUCUAUACAAAGUGGCAUUUUGCUAAUACUUUUUUUUUUGUUACGUUAUUUUACCAUUGUGGAACUUCUUAAGGGAACAAGAGCCAUAUCCCAGAUGGAAUAUGGCAACUUCCAUGAGGGUGGCAGCAAUGGCUCAAAUUCCAGGAAGCUGGCUAUCUGAUAAUUCUUAUAGUCAAAUGUUCUAUCCAAUGGAUGGGUUUACAAUAUCAGUUGGGGUAAACUAUUGAUGAAUCUGCCAAGCUCUCACACAACCAUUGUUGUCUCACUUUACUAGGGACAUGAUUUCCAUUUUUCAGUUCAUUUGGGCGGGGGUGUAUCUGCAGAAAAUGGCACCCAAGGCAAGCACUGAAAUUUCACCCCCUCAAAAAAAAUCCAACAGGUCUUUCACUUCAUGGUAGACCAGCUCUUCAGCAGCCAGGUCUACCCACCACAGGUCCAUCAACUCUCCAGAGAGCUGGUCUACCUGUGGUUAAAAACAAUGGCCAGGUCUACCAGUUUUCCUUAACAGUGGAUAGACCUGCUCUCCAAGUGCUGGUGGGACAUGGAAGCUUGUGGGGUGCAGUCUGGAGAAGGAGGCAUAGCAGCUUCCUGCCUUGCAAAAGGGCAGCCAGGGUAUCCCUGAGCACACCUCCUGGCUUGCUCUAUCCUAGAUGGGCCAGACACAUCAUAUUCGGCAAACAGCCUUAUUAAACAUUGUUUUCAGUUAAGGAUUUCAACAGUGAAAAUAUUUUCACCUAGGUUCCAAGGAAAUCAUUAUUAGUGAAAUGCAAUUGUGAUGGCAUCAUAAGAAGAAAAUCUAAUUUGGAAGCAGUACAAUCAAUAGAACAUGCGGUGAAAGAGGACACAAGAGUUUUUUAGGUCAAGGUUAAGGGAUAUAGUUUUUGGUGCUGGUGUGCCCUAAUAUAGAUGUUGAAAAUCAUAGAACAGUCCGAGGUAGAUUCUAUAGGUUUAGGAGAAACAUGGACUUAAAUAUAUAUAUAUUUUGAGUAAAUCUACCAUUUGGGGAACCUGUAGCAAAUGCCACAACAUAAUAAACUGAAAAAAUAUAGAUACAAACCAGUUUCAUUCUUGUAACAAGAAUGAUGCAAAACCAGCUUCAAUUCUUAUGUUCUGUUUUGUUUCCCACUCUUUUCCCAAAGAACUCAGAUGAUCACAUUAUCCUUACUAUAAUUGGGCAUAGGAAGUUAUGCUGAGGGUCAUUUGUUCAGGUGCAUCCAGAAAGCAGAGAUUUACACCUGGAUUUCCUAUAUCAUGUCUAUCCUGGUUCUCUAGCCCAAACUAGUAAUGAUUCUCCAUGGUCUAAAAGUUUGGUGUGAGAUUAACUAGACAUUAAAUUGGUGUAACCUUGGAAUUGGUACCUGCGAAUUGUGUGAUCUUCCACAAAAGGGGAGUGGGUUUUAUUCUAAAGAGAACCAUGGGGAGCAAUAUGUAGUACAUAACAAUUCAUGGGUAUGUUAAAAUUGGACAUUGAAAAAUAACUUGAAUGCAAAUUCUUAUAAGUAGUGGAAGGUAGAUUGAAAAAUACUGUCAAUCCUCACCAAUUUUAACAUUUUUAGAAUGCCUGUACAGAUCUGGAUAUAUAUCCGCAUACCGUAUCCACUGUGUGGGUCUCUACACAUGUGGUCCCCAGUCAAUCACUAAGACCAAUACAGCUCUGGUUGCUGGAUGCAGGCAUCCAGCUACUGGAUUUUCAAAUCCAGCAUCUUACUGGACCUACAGAUUCCAAUCCAGUACAGCAAUCUGAAUAUAGAUCUUCCUUACUGGAUAUGGGUAAUUCUUUUCCAUUUAUACUAUUAACAUACAUUUUUAAUUAUAAAAUAACAGAGCUCACAAAUUUGUAAAUGCUUGGCAUUUCAGAAUUUUUUUACACAUGGACUGAUGAUGGGUUAUAGCUUAGUUUAGCAAUAUCAAGUAAAAACAGUUUUCAAGGAACAGGUAGAACACAAUCACAGAAGACCUAGAGUGUUGUAUAUAGGUGAUAAGAAAGGCAAAUGGAAAAUGACAAUUAAGCAACUGCAAUAAUACAAGGACUAGAUAUCAACACUUGCAAAGCAGCUUAUUUUGUCAAUAGCACAUGGGUUUGAGGAAAGGAGUGGUUGCUUUCCUUGUUUUAUUUCCUUAGAGUUAACUUGCCAUAUCAAGGUAUCACAUGUUGCUUUCAGGAUUCUAAGGUUCACUGCAUUCUUUCAAGUGCAGGACACUAUUUUUCCUAUCUUAACUUUUCCUACUUAACUUACAAACAAUUUUAAAGCACUUGCAAAAUCAUUGUGAUUGCAUUCUUUACAUAAAAUAAUGAAAAUACUCUUUUUUUACUCAGAAGUGCCAAAGGCUACUCUUUUUAAUAACGGCUUCUCAGAAACAUUAUUACAUUCAAGAACUGGAAAUUGUAAUAAGAUAUACAUUGGGACUGUGGACUUCCCUAUGUAUAUCAUUUUGGAGCCUUUUGUAAAAUUAACCUUUGUUUACAUUCCACUGAUACCUUAAUUUCAAACAAAUCAAAUAAAUUGACUGGUGGCAACUUCUAGUUUUUUCUUACUUGCUAAAAUGGGGCACCAAUUUCUUUGUCAGGCUGUGCUUUACUGAGAAAAAAUAAUAAAUUGGGUAAAAAUAUGAACUAUGUUUUUAAAUGAGAAUUCUAUAUAAAGUAUUGUGUUCUAAUAAAAUGUUAUGCACUGUUUUAAAAUGGAAAAAAACUAUUUGUAAAUUGCUAUAAAUGUAUUUUGUUAAAUAAGUACAGAAUCAAUGCUACUGUGUGAGUUUAUUGUGCUAAUAUCAUUCAAAAAUAAAGAUAAAAUUCCUCAUUGA